CCAGCGUCCACUACUUGCUACCGACUGCCGAGUGAGCUCUUCCAUUCCCGGCAUGACAGCCUUCCCCUGCGACAGCAACUGCGCGGCCAUGGUUCCUCGCGUCAAGCUCGGCACCCAGGGAUUGGAGGUGUCGAAGAUGGGGUUCGGGUGCAUGGGGCUGACGGGCUCCUACAACUCCCCGCUCGACGACGACGCCGGCGCCGCCGUCGUUGCGCACGCAUUCCGCCGCGGGGUCACCUUCUUCGACACCUCCGACGUCUACGGGCCCCACACCAACGAGACCCUCCUCGGCAAGGCGCUGAAGCAGCUACCGCGGGACCAGGUGCAGGUGGCCACCAAGUUUGGGAUACAGCAGGACGCGGGCGGCAUGACCGUGUGCGGCCGGCCGGAGUACGUGCGCGCCUGCUGCGAGGCCAGCCUGCGCCGCCUCGGCGUCGACUACAUCGACCUCUACUACCAGCACCGCGUCGACACCACCAUCCCCAUUGAAGACACGAUUGGUGAGCUCAAGAAACUGGUGGAGGAGGGGAAGGUGAAAUACAUCGGGUUGUCGGAGGCGAGCCCAGACACGAUCAAGCGUGCACACGCCGUGCACCCCAUCACCGCGGUGCAGAUGGAGUGGUCUCUCUGGUCUCGUGACAUCGAGCACGAGAUUGUGCCGCUCUGCAGAGAAUUGGGGAUUGGAAUUGUUCCUUACAGUCCAAUUGGCCGAGGAUUUUUUGGCGGAAGAGGAGUGACAGAACAAGUGUCUGCUGAAUCUAGUCUGCAAAGGCAUCCUCGGUUUGCAGCAGAAAAUUUGGAGAAGAACAAGCAAAUUUAUCUGAAAAUGGAAGACCUGGCCAAGAAGCACCAGUGCAGCCCAGCUCAGCUAGCUUUAGCUUGGGUCCUGCAUCAAGGGGGUGAUGUGGUUCCUAUACCAGGGACAACCAAAAUCAAGAAUCUAGAUGCCAACAUUGACUCCUUGAAGGUGAAGCUGACAGAUGAGGACCUGAAAGAAAUAGCCAGCCAGAUACGCGAAGAAGAUGUGGCUGGUGGAAGACAAUACAAUUCCUACGCACAUAUCGUCUGGAAGUAUGCAGAUACACCAAAAAAAUAGAGCUCUGGAAACGUUCUAGCAACAGCAAGCCUAUGCAACAGUUGAACUACUCUCCCUGCAUUUGUGGUAAAAUAAUAUUGCCGAUGUAUCUUAUGAAUAUUUCAUGCUAAAUAAUGUUGGACGAAGAAUAAUAAGUGUUGCUUCAUUGGGGAUUAUGAGCAGAA